UGUAGUCUGUUUUACUGAUCAUUUAAAUGAUAGAAUUAUAGCAAAUAUCAACCAAAUAGGCUGCACUCAGUAACAAUAUGCUCAACCGUUUAAAUCUAAUUAAACUGUUCAUGGGGUUUCAGUCCAGUCCCAAGAAUCCGCUCCGCAUUAAUGAGCCGACUAAACUGAAUGCGCUCCCUGUGUGUGUGUGUAUUUAGGCUUAGUGCGUUUGAUUGAGGAGCAGGACUCACUGAUCGUGCUGAGGGAAGAGAGACAAGUCUUCAGGAGAUUACAUACCGCGCUUUGCAUCUUUCACAUGAACUUGUCAACGCAUUUCCCACCAUCAUUUAUUUCUUUAUCCAGCAGAUAUUUAAUCAUUUAAUGACCAGCAGCCAGCCUUGAACCCGGCGUGAUAUUGAACCCACAAGCGCAAACGAGACACUGCUGACUUUCUCAAAGGUGUCACCAGGUAAUGAGCUUACUGCUGCUCUCCAGCUCAAGCAUGAAGGACCGUGACUCUCUGACCCUCCUGCACUACACAAACUCUGGCAAAACAGGCCCGCAGUACCCCCCUCCCAAUCUCCACUGUCCCUCCCCAGGCCUCACCAAGUCCCAGCCCUUCUGUCUGCAGUCCAGCCAGCACCUCAUAGCCUCCAUGCAGCUGCAGAAACUCAACAGUCACUAUCAGACCCUGACCGCCUCUUCUACGGUCUCUUCUGGACCCAACAGGGGCUUCAGCAGUGCUUCAAUGAGUCCAGCACAAAUCUCUGGCCCCGGGAAUGCUCCAGGGUCUGGAAUCAUAGAUUCUGAUCCGGUGGACGAGGACGUCCUGAUGUCUCUGGUAGUGGAGCUCGGUUUGGACAGGGCUAAUGAACUUCCUGAGCUUUGGCUGGGCCAGAAUGAAUUUGACUUCAUAUCAGAUGUACCUGCUGGGUGCUGACCUCCUAAAAGAAAAUCCCCGAUCACUUUUUGGCUGCCUCCUUUUUUUUUUUUUUGCACCUGAGACACUGUUGGAUGGCUCAUGAAACAUGUGAGAAUUUUUUUUUUUAAGACACUUUUUCAUGUGUAAAGACUCUUCUAGUUCAAGCUGCAGAAGUAUAGGUGACUAUGUACUCUCACAAUCAAAAGACUACUUGGACAACUCUAGCAGAGAGGCUCUCUUGAAACUAAAAGUCGGUAACUCUCUCUAUUCACACUGAGGUCUUGCUUGUUAUAAUCCUUUCCAAGCUCUGGUUUCAAAGUGGUGCAAGAAUUUCUCACAAGUCACCAGACAUGGAGUUAAGUCAUAAGCUUCACAUAUGGAGUAGACCUCCUGCACGAGCACUACCAGACAUGGGUUUUUUUUAUUUUCUUCAUGUCUACUACAGAACUGGCCAAUUUUUUGUAACAUUGUUGGAUGGAUAUGUGACUUUUUUUUUUUCUUUUUUUUUUUUUUUUUUCUUUCCUUUUUUGACUUCAGUGGUCAUUUUCACCACCUGAAAUCCAAGCUACAAUAAAAGUUGUGUGACUCCACAAUACAUUUCUUUUGAAAGACAAGAUAUUCAUGCAGUCUCUAGUGGAUCGACUUCAUCUAUUGCUACCUGCCAUCUGUGGGUUCUGUCCACACGAGCAGCCGGGUGGUGUUUCUGUUCUGUAAUGGAAGGUGAUCCUGAAACCAGCAUAGGCUAGUCUUUUCCAAAAUGCAUGUCAUCGCAAGACUGCUUUCCACUGGGGUAAUUUGAUCCAUCAGACAGUUUUCCAUGGUUAAAUAUAUUAAUGAUGGACGUGUCCAUUUCGUCCACUGGUAGCCCCACUUUAAGUCUAGAAAGAUUGUGAACAGCAGCAGAAAUUUGAUGGAUUAUUUCAAGCAAACUAAAUACUUUCGAAUAUGAACCCUAUUACAAAAGCACUAUAUUUGUACAUGUUUAAUCAAGUGUCUGUUUUUGUCUUGUAUAAGAAUAGAAACCUUUCUAGAACGAUCUAAAAGACUCUAUUGUUGUGGCUGUCUUUAGCAUUGACUAAUGCAGACCUGUGUUGAUAAAAUAAUGGAGUAAUCUCCUCUUUAUUUUGGUUUAAUAGUCCUGAAUGAAUCAUAAGUGGUGAUUGUGCUUUUUUGUUUGUUUGUUUUUGUUUAGCACUUUCCUUCCGUCUUGUGUAUUUUUCUACAAAAGAUGUGAUUACUGUUAUAUUUAAGUGAGUGUACUCUGCUAUUUUUGUUUUGCAAAAUAUACGUAAAUAAAAAGUACAGAAUUCAAACCUUUUACUCCACCUGCUGUAAUUUCUAUUGUUUCUAAAAAUAAUAAUGGGAUGGAACCCAAAAUGAGGCCCAGCACAAAACGGCAAAAUAAACAACACACACUACUGAUGAAACUCCUCACGGCCUAAUUGGAGAACCACUAUUGGUGAAUCCCCCUCU